CUCGCCGCUUCCCAACCGCCCGCGUCCGUCCGCGGCCAGGCAGCGGUGGGGAUGGCGAGCCGCGGAGCCAGGGUGGUGACGAGCGCAGCGGCUCCGUCAUUGGGCGAGGAGGCCUGAGGGACGGGCUGGCUGGGUGCUUAAGGACACCAGAACCCGCGGCCCCAGCAGAGCGAAGGCAAUGGAGUCCAACGUGCCGAAGCGGAAGGAGCCCCUCAAGUCCCUCCGCAUCAAAGUCAUCUCCAUGGGCAACGCCGAAGUGGGGAAAAGCUGCAUUAUAAAACGCUACUGUGAGAAGAGAUUUGUGUCUAAAUACCUGGCCACCAUCGGGAUUGACUAUGGAGUCACAAAGGUCCAAGUCAGAGACAGAGAAAUCAAAGUUAACAUCUUUGACAUGGCUGGACAUCCCUUCUUCUUUGAGGUCCGAAAUGAAUUUUACAAGGACACACAAGGUGUGAUACUGGUCUAUGACGUUGGGCAGAAAGACUCAUUUGACGCCCUUGACUCAUGGCUGGCAGAGAUGAAGCAGGAGCUUGGGCCUCAUGGGAACAUGGACAAUAUUGUCUUCGUUGUGUGCGCCAACAAGAUUGACUGCUCCAAACACCGCUGCAUUGAUGAAAGUGAGGGGCGUCUCUGGGCUGAAAGCAGAGGGUUCCUGUACUUUGAAACAUCAGCACAGACUGGAGAGGGGAUCAAUGAGAUGUUCCAGACCUUUUACAUGUCCAUAGUUGACUUGUGUGAAAAUGGGGGCAAGCGUCCUACCGCUAAUAGCAGUGCUAGCUACACCAAAGAACAAGUGGACACCAUUCGCCGAAUCCGGACUAGUAAGGACAGCUGGGAGAUGCUGGGAGUCAGACCUGGGGCCUCAAGGGAGGAAGUCAAUAAGGCCUACCGGAAGCUGGCCGUGCUGCUUCACCCGGACAAGUGUGUAGCUCCUGGUAGUGAAGAUGCCUUCAAAGCAGUUGUGAACGCCCGGACAGCUCUCCUGAAAAACAUCAAGUAGAGGCAGCGGAAACUACGCGAGCUCAAGUGCAGACAGACUCCCCUUGAGGUGAAAUAACCAACAUGGAGUUUCCUUCACAAAUGCUCACUGUUGUGUCCCCUCCCUUGUGUGUUAAUAGUACGGGUGCCUGUUACCACGUGGUGGCCAUUUCUCAGUGAGAUGACUGCUUUUGGGUGAGAGAUAGCCCCGCAUCUCUUAUGCACUUCAUAGCUUAUUGCCAGAUGACUGGGUGUUUGUCAUUGUGUCAUCGUUUAUGCAUUCACCUGUGAGUCCAUGACCGUGACUCACCUGAGCUUCCUCCCACCAACCCACCACCCGUCCAUCUGCCCACCAUCAGAGAAGGGAAUAACAACAGGAAAGAGGAUGGCAGGAACUAGCAGUCGGCACCCAGCCCCUGGGAGCCUUGCACGCCCUGAGCAGCCUCUUGGUUAGUAUUUUAACCAUCAGCCUAUAUAGUUAGUAGCCAGGCAUGGUGGCAUGUGCCUGUAAUCCCAGCACUCAGGAGGAUGAGGCAGGAGGAUUGUGAGUUUGAAGCCAGUCUAGAUUGGAUUAUUCAGCAAGACUGUCAAAGAGAAACCAGCACCUUUGUAGAAGAUGUGAUGUGAGUUGACACUGUUCUGUCUGCCCGCCCUUCCAGGACACUGACUCUGUUCUUUCUCCAGCCACCAGGGGGAGACAAGCCAGUACUAAGAGAGAGGCAGUGCCAGCCACAGGAGCUGGAGACCCUGAAGCUCAUCCUGGAUCACAGGUCUUUACUCUGCCCUAGAAAUAGUUGCCACUAGCAAGCAGCAGGGAAUUCUGUGUCCCGGGGAAUGAGGGGCCAGAAACCGGAACAGAAGCACUCAGAGGGCGCGCUGUAGAUUACUCGGGAAUGAGUGUGUGCUCAGCCAGCUUGGCUUUUCCUGAGCUCCGGCCUGUUGGGCACUAAGAGGGGCCUGGCAUAAGGCUUGUCCCUGUCCUCAGUCCCCACCACAAGGGCAGGUCAGAGGCAGGCAGGUGCUCUUCUGCAAGCUGGUCUCUUCCUUCUGCACCCGUGUUAAUCUGUUUCUCCUCUCUCCCCGCUCUGUUGUUACAUCCCACAUCUGCCAUUGCCUUUCUUCUUGAAUCCCUGGCCUUGCCCUGGGCUCAGCUGACUUGAAAUAAGUAGGACCCAUUUGGGGCACAGUAGGACAUCUUGGGCCUGUGUGGGGCAGAAUCCCUACAGUUUCUAAAGUUUCUGCUUGGACUCCAAAUUUCUGAAUAGUAUUUUUAAACUACAAGUAUGACAGCUGAUGUUGCAUAGAGAAGCCUUACUCAUGGUGUUGUUUCUGCCUGGUCCACAGGACUGGAUGGAGCUGGCGGAGCACUGGGACUCAUGUCAGCCUUAGGGGACAGGCCCACUGCUCGAUUCCUGUCAUCCCUCUUAACUGUGUCUUAUUUUGAGCUGCAGCUACCUGUGCUACCUGGAACUCAAAGGACGUAAAGCAUCACCAGGCUAUGACUUUUAAAUCCCUACCCCAUAAUGGUUGCAGAUAACAUCUCUCUCACCUAAGAAGACACGCUCUUGUCUUACUGUCUAAACACUUGCUGUCUUCUGGGUUUUCUCCUUUCUCCACAGUAGCCUCACCUUGCAUGGUGAGUUUAAAAUGUUGUUCUUAAUGAACUCAGACCCGUAUAAAAAAGAUAAAGAGAUUGGUAUAUGGCUUUAUGGCUUUUUCUAGCCCUGAAUUUGCUUCUGAGAUGAUUAAACUCCACUUCAACGUUCUCAGUUCUGCCUGAGGUGUCUCUCAUGCCUAACAUGUCCGAUUAUCCAACUGCUCUUGGGACAGAAGGUGGGAGUCCUGAGGAUGAGGCAUUGUGCAUGGUGCAGUCAGCCCCAGUGUGGGCCCCGUCUUCGCCUCAUUCAGUGACAUGGGCAGCUGAGCGGUUACAGCAGGACACUGUCCCAUUCAGAUCCCUGCUGGUGUGGUCUGCGCUUGAUCUUAGAUCUUGAGACUCUGUUUCUGACAUCUUAGUUACUAACAUUUAGGGCGGGUACAUAGUAUUUUAUUUAUUUAUUUAUGUAAUAGUAAUAAAAUGAAAAAGUUAAGCCUCAGGGUCCCAGAAUUUUUCUAUUUCUAUAAUCCAUCAGCAGAGCAUUAAGAAACAACAGAGCAUGCCUCCGGAUGAAAAGUGUUUUGAGUCCUGGCUUCAUGAUCCGGUAUAGACCUCUGCGUUCAUUUAAACUCUCGGUGCAGGCGUGUGCUUUGUCUUCCACAUUUUGAAAACUGUUUGCACAGUUGAGAUCUUAGACCAUCAGCAGGAGUUGCAACUCAGUCAUUUCAGUGGCUGAGAAUUUGUUUAUAAAUAACCUGGUUUCCCAAAAAAAAGGGUUAAAAUAUUUGAACAACUGUUAUUAAAGAAAGCUGUGUCCUCCUCCACCUGAGUCACCAACCAGUGUCACCUCUUCACCUUGGUGGGAAUGUCUGGAGGCAUUUCAGAGUUGGUCUUCCAACCUUCGCAAGCACUUUAGAUCCCCUCCCUUUGUGUCUGUGUCUCUUGUGCCUCCGUGGGAACUGCUAGUCCUCACUCUCAGUAUCUGACUUAAGCACUGCCACUUUACUUCUCCAUUUAAAUGUGUCUGUGGCUUUACCAGCCUGUUAACUUACAAGUCCAGAUGUUGAGGAUAAGAUGCUGUCCUUCUAUAAACUGUACACCAUUCUUUAAGGCUUGUAUUUACCUCAGGAAACGUAUUCUAGUAUCUUCUCACUGACUGAAAUCUCAAGUGACAAAUACUUCUUUAUACCUGCAAAAUGGUACCUAAUUCUGUCUUAGUUCAUGAGCCAUAGGUCAGGCAGCUAGAUGGUCAGUGAGCCAUAGGUCCGGUGGCUAGAUGGCUGAAACCUUUGUCAGAGUAGAACAAGGAGCUCCUGCCAGCACUGAGUCAGGGACAAAUGGCUGUUCCACCCAGAGUGGCAGGAGGACAGGAUUGCCAUCUGAAGCUAGGAGGCAAGAAGCUGGCGUGAUGUCUCUAGCAACGACAGUGCUCCCUCCUGGGUCAGCUCAGAAGGUUCUGGAACCGUGCUUCUCUCACACUCAGCCCAUGGAGCUAAGGCCCCAGCAGUUUUCUAAAACUUUCAAAGAUGAAUUUAGUUGCAAAAUCAAGCUAAGCAAUUUCCACUGCAGGCUUUACAAAGAGCUGUUGGUCCUCUCAUCCUGGUGCUGAGCACAAUUUUAGACAUUGAUUGCUCCAUUAACUGUCCCUGGGGAGGAUGAAGGUGUUUACUUGUGGUGUGGGCGUAGUGGGUCUGUGUCUUAAUGCACAGUGCGGGGCUGGGCAGGCUGGGAAAGGCCCUGGGUGAAAGGGCUGUUACUGAAGAGCUGGACAGUUUGGGUUUGAUCACUCCCCGCUGAUCGCUCCCUCGCAUUCUUUCCCUUGACUGUGAAUGCUCUUACAAGGUAAUUUACAUAUUUGCUUUCUGUUGAAAUAACUGAAAGUGUUAAAUCUACCAGUUGUGUAUGUCUUGUAUACAGAGUGUCAUAUGUAUUAAGUUGUGUAUUUUUAUAGAGUAAAGUCAAAUAGCAAACACUG